GACACCUAGCGGAUCUAACAACGGAAGAAGAAGCCAUCUUGGAAAAUAGGAGGGCCGAUACUCUCGUACUGCAUUGUUUUCUGAAGAUUUUCUCACUCCAUAGUGUUCUAAUUUUAAAAUUUCGACAUCAAGUGGACAAAAGACACGAAUUAUAAUGAAUCCGGAGUAUGAUUAUUUGUUCAAGUUGUUACUGAUUGGUGACUCUGGUGUAGGCAAAUCCUGCUUGCUGCUGAGGUUUGCUGAUGACACAUACACAGAGAGUUAUAUCAGCACUAUAGGUGUUGACUUUAAAAUUAGAACCAUUGAGCUAGAUGGGAAAACAAUCAAGUUACAAAUAUGGGAUACGGCAGGACAGGAACGUUUCCGUACAAUUACAUCCAGCUACUACAGAGGUGCUCAUGGUAUCAUUGUUGUCUAUGAUGUCACAGACCAGGAAUCAUUUAACAAUGUAAAACAGUGGUUACACGAAAUUGAACGGUAUGCCAGUGAAAAUGUCAACAAAUUGUUAGUUGGAAACAAAUGUGAUUUGACCACGAAGAAAGUGGUGGACUACACAACUGCAAAGGAGUUUGCAGAUUCCAUAGGGAUUCCAUUCUUAGAAACCAGUGCAAAGAAUGCAACCAACGUCGAGCAGGCAUUCAUGACAAUGGCUGCCGAGAUUAAGAACAGAAUGGGUCCAGCCACUGCCGCGUCGGAUAACAAACCAAACGUGAAAAUAAACGCUAGUACACCAGUGAAACAGAGCGGGGGCGGGUGUUGUUAAGGAUAGCUUCUCUAGACGUUAAAGGGAAUGUGUAAUUUAUCAUGUCACGGUGGAGAGGAUACAAUAACUUGUACAUGUAAUAUGUGCCCUCCCGUUUAAUACAUUGUGGGCAUGUCUUACUACAUUCGGAGGUUCAGGAUAGAAUUCACUUAAUGUAACAUUUAUUAAAGAGAAAAAGCAGUUGAAAGAUAUUUGUUUAAUCGCCAAAUGAUAGAUACAUAUGUACGGGCAAUUUUUUGUUAACUAACAAGUCCAAGUAAAGUGUUCAUUGUAAUGAAAACUGUUAUUCUUAUUUAUGCUUCAAGGAUUUAAGUUAUUUUUUUAAUUUCAUUUUUGCAUUAUUGCGUGAAAAAAUGAAAAUUCUAGAAAAGUCUUCUGUUUCCUGAAUAUGAAUGGUAAAAGUAUGCUAUGAUUAAUAGUAUAAAUGAUCACGUUAUAGGCUUAAUAGCUAUAUUUUCUUGACGUUCUAACAUAUAGCAGUGUAUCGCUCUUUGAUAUAAAAUCUUAAAUUAUAAAGUGUAAUUCCUUUGAGUCAGUGGAAGACUAUGUAUUUCUGUAUGAUUAUAAUAUGACUAAGUGUACAUGCUUAUUUAAAAUGUGAUAUUGUAUUUGGUAUGAUGAUGAAUGAGUGACAUUCCUGUACUCAAGUAUAUCUGCAGUGCAGUCUGAUUUUGUUAUUCUUAGGCCUUGCUCAAGUAUUAAACUUGAAAUGUUUUUUCGAACAUGAAAAUUUACAGUGUAGUUUAUUAAGCAAUUUAAGAUGUCAGCGCUGCACUCCAUGUGAAAACAUAGGACAUGUAGGUCUUUCACUGAGCCAUCAAAUUCAGAACGCUUUGAAAGCUACAAAGCAUGGGGUGGUAUUCACAAACGUCUUUAUUUGAGUUUGAAACCAUGAAUUUUUAAAUGUGAUAAAAAGUCAAUAAUGGUACAAAAGGAGAAUAUAAAAAAGUUGAAAUAGUCAUACCUUACUUAAACAUCAGUUUUUAAUAUAAUGCUUUUCUUCUCAUUUUUUAACUUGAAAAUCACGAUGUUAAGUUUUGAGUCUAGAAUCUAAAACUCUGAUUUAAUGCGUUAGUGAAAACGGUCCCAGAUUGUACACGAUCGAAGAAUUGGUUAAUACUCCUGGGCACAAAGCGAGGGGUGAAAUCUAGAAGGUUCUAUCUGCUGUUAUAUUUAAUGUCACUUAAGAACCUUUUUUAUCACCACCACAAAUGGAGUACUGAAUGUAUAAAUAUAUACCUGUCAAAUAAUGAUUUUCUGUAAGGUGCACUUAUUUUCACUGAGGUGUAGUUUCAUUAUUUAUGAUUUCUGAUUUUCAUAUUUCUUGCUGAUGAGGUUUAUAUGUUGUUUUAAUGUUAAUGAAUGAGUGUUGUUUAUUUUACUAAGAUUUAUUGCCAUUCUUCACAUGUUAUCCAUAUUACAAAUUGUACCAUCAUAAUUAUUCUGUUAAAAUACCACACUGUAAAUACUGACAUUUGUGUAUAAUUGUUUCGCAUGUUGUGGACGUUCAGACAAACAGACACUGCAUUACUGCUUAGAGUUGGUGUAGUUUUGUAAUGAUUUAACUGUUAAUAAUGGUACGCAUGUGACAUAUCCAUAAAUAAAGCUAAACAGUACAGUUAGCAGUUUGAAGAUAUAUUUUAUAUCCUGAGUUACAUUGUAUGAAUUCAGUGAACACAACACAGUUUUCAAUUAUUAGGGUAUUAAUGAACGGAAAAAUCACAUCUGUGAUAAUAAAUCUUUUAUAAACAAAUGACCUACAAAUCGACAUAUCCUGCUCUUCACAAUGUUCUUUAACUAAAACUUUACUGCACACUUAAUUUCCACAUCAGGAUGUUCAGAAGUAUUGGUGUAAUUAUUUUUUGACUACUGUUGGACUUCCUUGUUGUUAGUAAGAUCUCUUGUCAUAAAACUAUUUUUCUGAAGUAACCCUAUCAGUAGUAGGGUUCCAGUCAUGUACAUUUAGUAAAUAUGGCAUUCCAUCAAGCAUUUAAGCUUCACUCUGGGCAAGUUUUACCAUAAAAUAUUAAUAUUGAUUCAAGAACUGGACUGACUGGUACAGUUGUUGAAGUUGUAUGAUAAACCACAUUGGCUAAAGCACUCGACUGACUGGUACACAUGUUCAAUUCAAACCAUUAAUCAAAUUGGUUAAAGCACUCAACUGACUGGUACUUAUGUGCAAGUUCUACAAUGAAUAACAUAGGUUAAAACUUAAAACACUCGACUGACUGGUACACGUGUUCAAACUGUACCAUAGAUAACAUCUGUUAAAGCACUCGACAGACUGUAACACAUUUUUACUUGUACAAUAAAUACCUUGGAAAAAACAUGUGAAUUAUUAUAUAGUGGGGGUACAACAUAAAUUAUAUUAAUUUUCUUUCUUACUUUGCUCAUUCAAAUGAUCGUUUACUAGAAGAUAAUAUUUUGUGUUUGGGAACAAAUUUCAUUGGCUUUUGUAAUUUUGUCACAGUGGUAUUUGGUGUUAUUGGUAAUGAAACAGUGCUUUGUAAGACUUAUUUGAGAAUUUUUAUGAAAUUAUACUUCAGAUUAUCAUUAAAAUGUGCAUAACAAGCCAA